AUGCCACGACUCGAGGGCUUUGUGGACUUCGACCCGGAAAAGGAAAUCCCAUCACUGGACGGCAGAGUGGUUUUCAUCACUGGAGGAACCGCUGGCUUAGGCCGAGAGUCCGUCGGCCUGCUGGCCCAGCACGACCCGUCGCACAUCUACUUCACAGGGCGCGAUGUCAAGGCGGCGGAGUCGCUCAUCGCUGAGGUGAAGGAAAAGAAGCCGGCGGUGGGCCUGACCUUUGUCGCGCUGGACAUGACCUCGCUGGCAUCGGUCAAAGCCGCCGUCGCGGCCAACUUCUCGCACGACCGCCUCGACCUCCUCAUGUGCAAUGCUGGCGUCAUGGCUCUUCCGGCGGGGCUCAGCAAGGACGGCUUCGAGAUCCAGUUCGCCAUCAACCACCUGGCGCACGCCAUGAUAAUCCAGCAGCUGCUGCCCAUGCUGGACCGGACAGCCGAGCAGCCGGAUUCGGACGUGCGCGUCGUCUGCCUGACCUCGACGGGCUGGCGCGGCCACCCGAGACAGGGCAUCGAGUUCGACAAGGUGCGCACGACGCAGGAAGGCUUGGCCGGGUCGUGGGUGCGCUACGGGCAGAGCAAGCUCGCCAACGUCAUCUACGCUUCCGAGCUCGCCCGACGACACCCUCACAUCCUUAGCGUGUCGCUGCACCCGGGCGUCAUCAAGACGGGGCUGGUCUCGUCGCUGCCCGUGGCCAAGAGGAAGUUUGUGGAAUGGAGUAUCAAAGUCACGGGCGACGCAUUCACGAGCCCUGAUAAGGGCGCAUACAACCAGAUCUGGGCCGCCACCUAUAAGAGGAGCGACAUGUCCAACGGCUCCUUUUACAUGCCUAUUGGCGUCCUCAGCGACAAGAUGUUCGACAAGGCCGCGAAGAGCGAAGAACUCGCAAAGAAGCUGUGGGAAUGGACCGAUGAAGUCUUGGCCGAGUACUGA